AUGGCAGGGAAUGGUCCCAUUCAGAAAGGCGCCAUGUUUAUGGCAGGUCUGACUCUCUUGCAGUCUCUCCGUGUGGCUUUAACUGGAGCAAAGUUUGCACUUGAUAGAUUUAAAAUUCCGCAGCAGUAUGCCAGUUCGUUCAUUAACAUGGUCCAUAAUCCUAUGGAACUGGCAACGUUUACUGGAAUGGCUAUUGUGACUUCCAUAGCACUAUAUAAGGGUGAAAGUUCUAAUGAUAAUGGUUUCAGGUACUUUUCCGCUGUAACAAAUGUGACACUAUGUUGUUCAUUCAUUCUACUCCUCUAUGCAUUUACGUCAGGAGGUCAAAUGGGAAAUCUCACCUUUUACUACUGGACUAUAGUACUUGUCUCAUUUAUAUAUGGACUUAAUGUGGCAACUGUGAUGACUGUAGCGAGUGCAGAUGCUGCUCUUUUCAAUAUGGGAAUCCCUCUAUCUGGUAUUCAAGUUUCUGCCUACUACUAUGUUUUUAAUAAGCUUGCUGAGAGAUUUAACUGGUCAAACGUUAGUUACUGGAUCAUAUUCUGGCAGCUUGUCAUAGCAAUACUGAUAUCGGCAGCCUCAGCUGCUGUCUGGAUUGCUGUUGCAAAGAAUGGUACUAAUAAUUCUAAUAAUGGUCAACAACCCUGUGCUGCCGCCAUCUCUCCAAUUUUCAUGGGAAUGGUGGGUAUGGGUGGAAUAUACGCUUUCUAUCCUGCAAUUGCUCCUUAUAAACUGACUGAAGUUGGCACUGGCUACACUAUUGACCUCGUUGUUUUAUUCAUGAGUGCGGUUCCAGGUAUUUUAAUUGCCAUCUUAUGCCUAUGGAAGAUUGGUCCAGAUAAACCAUGGAAGAAUGGUACUACUCAGUGGUGGCAUGCUGCUUGGAUUCUGGCUAUUCCGCAUAUUACUGCCAUGGUCCUGUGUUUGUGCACACUUCAUUAUCCAGAUAGUGGAUUAGCACGUUCCAUAAAGAGCAGUGGUUUAAGGGUUGGAGUCAUUACCAUCACUCUGAAGUUUUGUGAAGAAGGAUUGAAGGCAGUUUCAUAUGCUGGAGGUGGUGCGUAUAAAAGCCCAAUUCCACCUGUUAAUGCAUUCACUUCGCAAGGUUUAAUGAUCAUCUUGGCCUUUACCGGAGAUGGAUACCUUAAGACUUACUCCAAGUAUGAACAUGAUCGUAGUAACUGGCCUACUAGAGACUUUGGGUUCUGGAAGUCCUUAGGAUACUGGACAGGUAAUGGAGUAUCUGAAGCCUGUAAGAGCGUUAAAUCUUCUUUUACCAAGAAUGUUAGAUGUAAAGUUUUGGGUAAAUCAGAGGCUUUACUUAUAGUCUAUGAAGAUGAGGAAUUUUAG